AUGAAGUUUCCUAGUCAGCUUACUACAAUCCCUAAUAAAGAAGAUCUCCUAAAGCAAUAUGUUGGACAAAAGAUCUCUGAUCUUCCUACUCCGUCGUUCAUCGUAGACCGCGGAAAGUUCAAAGUCAAUGCCGAUAAGAUGUUGGCUAAUCUGAAAAAUUUGAAGGCUGAUUUCCGUGCUCAUAUUAAGACGCAUAAGACCGUAGAAGGUACCUUACUUCAAUUGGGAAAUGGAGGUACAGAUAAGUUAGUUGUUUCAACUCUAAGCGAAGCAUGGUCAAUUGUUCCUUUAGCAGAAAGAGGUCUAGUGAAAGACGUUCUCUUCAGUUUACCUGUCGUUGAAUCCAGACUCUCCGAGAUAGUGGAAAUUUCCAAACAUUUCGACCAUUUUCGUCUUAUGCUCGAUAAUGAAGCGCAGCUUGACAUUCUAAAUGAGUAUUCAAGCCUUCAUGGUUUAAAGAAAAAGUGGUCUAUUUUCAUUAAAAUUGAUAUGGGAACUAAACGUGCAGGUUUAGUAAACGAUUCUGAAUACUUAUCUAAAACGCUAGAAAGGGCCAUAAAGUAUAAGUCAACUAUUGAAAUAUAUGGUUUUUAUUGUCAUGCAGGGCAUUCUUAUCUGUCGAAAUCUGAAGGAGCUGCGAAGGACUUCUUGCUUCAAGAAAUAGUGCAUGCGAACUGCGCCGCAUCGGCUGCAUUGAAAAUUGAUCCAACGUUAAAGUUGCAAAUAUCAGUUGGAGCAACGCCAACAGCUCAUGCUUCUGAGAUAUUGAAAAUGGAAGAAGUAGAAGCACAAAUUGGUGGUAAGUCAUUACUGGGAAAAUUAGAAUUGCACGCCGGUAACUAUCCGUUCUGCGAUUUGCAACAAGUCAGUACAGGCUGUGUUACCAAUGACGAUGUUUCUAUUCUGGUAAUUGCUGAUGUUAUCUCUACUUAUCCGCAAAGAGGUGACAAGGCUCCUGGUGAGCAGCUUAUCAAUGCGGGAGUUAUAGCUUUGGCAAGAGAAUCUGGUCCUUUACCUGGGCAUGGAAGAAUAGUGCAACCGAAAGGAUUUGAAAAUUGGAUCGUUGGCAGAUUGAGCCAAGAACAUGGGAUUUUGGUUCCGUUGGAUGGCGAAGAGAAGACGGAGUUUAUCCCAAUUGGUACAAGGGUUUCGAUUAUCCCACAACAUUCGUGUAUAACAGCAGCAUCUUAUCCUUGGUACUUUGUAGUUGAAGGUAGUGACUUGGUAGUUGAUAUCUGGGUUCCUCACAGAGGUUGGUAG